ACGCACACACGAAACAAAGCAUGAGGACAGCAUCGGUUUUGUGCGCCCUCUCGGGGGUUCCUGGCUCCUUGGCGUUUUUCUCACCUAUGGCCUCCCCAAGCUUCACCCAGCCUCGGGGAAGCGGGGGACUCGCAGCGCGCCCGACCUCGAUUGCGGCUGCCGUGGUGAUGUCGCACGACGGUGAGGGCUUGCCUAUUUCCCGGCGAUCUCUUGUGGAACGGGUUUCCGCGACGCUAGCGGCGUCGGCUGCUCUCAUCACGGCGCAACCCUCGCCUGCGGCGGCGAAGCCAGAGCGCAUCAAGGGCGGAGGGCCGCUGGUGACACUGGAGGAUGGCGCCAGCUAUCGGGAGAUGACGAUCGGCGAUGGGCCUUCGCCCAAGGACGGCGACAGAGUGGCCGUGCACUACUCCCUGUUUUACAAAGGCCUCGAAGUGGAAAGCUCAAGGGAUAGCCAGGGGUUGGCGGCGAGACCCCUGGGUUACACGGUGGGGACUGUGAACGGUCCGGGCAGCGUGCCCCCGGGGCUGGACGAGAUCGUCAAGGGGAUGCGUGUGGGCGGACGGCGCAAGAUGACUCUCCCGCCGCAGCUCGCCUUCGGCAAGGAAGGGAGGCCGCCGUUUAUCCCACCGGACGCCACCGUCGACAUGGACGUGAGCCUCUGGAGUGUCAAGCCGGCCGGCACAGACCCUAACGUAACGCUACCGGGCUCGUCGGUGUUCUAGAAGCCGAUCGAAUUCCCCAUCAACACUCUGCCCGAACACCUCGUCGAGCGACCCUGGUCGUCACGUUGGAAGGUGUUGUAUCAGAGGCUCCGGCGUAAACGUUGGCUAUGGAUGGAGGCGUUGCUCGAACCCAUCGCGACCUUGCCGUGACGUGGAUGUGUCCGUUCGCGGCGGUGAUGUCACUCGGAGUGGUUGGUGACAGGCGGUCGGGAUUUGCUGGAAUAAUCCGCGUGUUACGCCCCCUGCAUAUUGCAACAACAAAGUCUGCACGUUCCGCUACACCUCGCAUCCAAAAUAUUCGGUGGUCCUUCGUAGCAGGGGCUUUUCGAAACAGCGUGCUCGGAACUCAUUCAGCUCUCUCUCUGUUGUCUCUGGGGCACGCACCAAUGUUUACCACGUCGUUUGGCCGAUGGCGUUGGGUUUCAUCAUCAUGUUUUCAUAUCGCACGAGGAGCUGUUGCGCGUGGGGCGGGAAGGGGGUCGGGGAAUUUUACCAGGGCAUUGAUGGACACAUGAGCUAUAACUUUAACCGCGUUGCGAGUACGAACUGCAUGUGGGCACGUUCGUUAUUGUCUGAAGGCGAGCGAUGCAGCCCCAUUAAAAGUGUCUAUCUUGAGCGGCUUGUGUUGAGAGGCAUCAGUUUUGAGGUGGUGUUGUUGAGCUGAGAGGGGCGCGUGUGGGUAUAGAUUGAAUUCUUGCGCGGAAAGAGUUUGCAGGUUCGUUCAUUUGUCGUUGUUUUUGUCAAAAGUCACAGCUUUGUAAAUUUCGGUGCUGCACUACAUAGGCUACUGCCGUAGUGAGGAUGUGGAGUCUUUUGUGCACAGGGUAUGACAAGCAUCGUCAUCUUGUGUGUGCGAUUGGACAAACGUUGGAGGCGUUGUUGUGGUGGCAUGUACUGCUGCGGGCCUUCGUUUUCCCUGUGUAUUGGAGGGGGUUACCAGGCACUCCAAGAUGUGCUGAUCUGUGGGGAUUGUGGUUUGGUGCUUGCGUGGUGUGUGGUACGGGCGCAGGGCGGGAGAUGAUCGCAGGGCACAGGGCCAACAGGGCAACACGCCGAAAUCAAUAAAAUCAGAAGCCAUUAUAUGAGGUGUUCUUCUC